CAAACAGGAACGGUGGUUUUAUCCUCAGAGAGCUUGAAAAUGGCGGCGCUAAUCCGCUGCGCCUCCUUCUUCCACCGACCGUGCUCCGGACGGUCUCCGCCGUCCGAUCAAGUAUCUAGAAAAUCCCAUGGUCCAGGAAAUUCACCAAUGCUGAUGCUUCUACCCGAGAAGAACGGGUCUAUCAUUCCUUCAUUUCGGAACUCGCCAGUCACAAAACCCAGAUCACGCCGUCUUAUGCCUUGGACUAAACAUGUGUCUGCAAGGCUCGAGGAGCAAGAGAAAUCUAAAGAAAUCCGGGAGAUCUUCCAAAAUCCAACCGCUAGUACGGAAUUUUCAGACAAGUUUUCGGCUUUCAAGGUAAGUCGGGUGGCUUUGAUAACCAACGCCCUUAUGAUGGGAACACCUCUUGAAGCAUUGGCUGAAACAUGCGAACCCCAACAAACCUCCUUCUUCAACAUGCCAUUGCUAUUACUCGUUGCCCUUGUAGGAGCCACCGUCGGAGGGCUACUCGCCCGGCAAAGGAGGGGAGAGUUGCAGAAGUUGAACGAACAACUACGUCAGAUCAACACAGCUCUUAGGAGGCAAGCCAAGAUCGAGUCUUACGCACCUGCCUUGAGUUACGCCCCGACGGUUGGAGCCAGAAUCCCCGAGAGCGAAGUCAUUGUGGAUCCGAGGAAGCAAGAGUUGAUUACCAAGUUGAAGAAAGGGAAGAACUUUCUCCGGAAUCAAGAGCCUGAGAAGGCGUUUACCGAGUUCAAGACGGCUUUGGAGCUUGCCCGGAAUCUCGAAGACCCGAUCGAGGAGAAGAAGGCGGCGAGAGGGUUAGGCGCCUCGUUGCAACGGCAAGGGAACUAUCGGGAAGCCAUACAGUACCACUCAACUGUUCUGGCGAUCUCGGAGAGAGAAGGGGAAGAUUCUGGGAACACAGAAGCGUACGGAGCCAUUGCUGACUGCUACACUGAACUAGGAGACCUGGAGAAAGCUGGAAUAUUCUAUGACAAGUACAUUGCACGGUUAGAAACAGACUGAUUUCCCAUCCAUUGUUGUGUUUUUUUCCCUUGUCCUGUUCAUGUCAAAGCAUGUAUAACAGAGACUUGCAAAUCCUUUUUUUUUAUUGAAUGUUA